AAAGACGUUCUUCUGUUUCUGAAUUGUUAUCCCUAGUUAUUCUUUAAAGUCCUCUGUCUAACGCAAAAGACAUGAUAAAGUUGCAACAAGGAUGUUUGAGCCUGUGUCAUCGCAAAACAUCUGAGAAAUUUGGAUAUUACACUCCAGCGCCUAAAGGAAUAUGGCUUAUGAGGUUUUCAAGCAAUCUGUUGAAUAUCUUGGACAUGUGAUGGAUUCUGAUGGACUGCAAAAGGCACUUUCAAAAGAUUGUGUUUGCAAUGGAAAAUCCCAGUGUGACUGUCACGGAAUCAAAGGCAAUGCGGGUGAUCCUGGGUUUCCUGGAAUAGAUGGUUCACCAGGAAUCCGAGGACAUCAAGGAAAUGAAGGCCCUCCUGGGGAAUCCGGUCCAAAAGGAAGUAUGGGAUUUCCAGGUUACGCCGGACUUAAAGGCUCUAGGGGAACUCCAGGGAUCGCAGGAUACUUUGGUCCACCAGGACUUCCUGGUCAUCCUGGGAAACAGGGGCCUAGGGGUCGUUCUGGUUACCCUGGAUGCAAUGGCACAAAGGGUGAUCCUGGUAUCCCAGGGUAUGGAGGAUUAAUGGGGGCUCCGGGGCAGCGGGGAAUUCCUGGGAUGCAAGGACCUGAGGGACAUACCUUUUACUUUCCAACUCCUGAGAAAAUCAAUGGACCUCGUGGACUUCCUGGACGUCCUGGCAGGGAUGGAGAGAAAGGUCGGCGUGGAUCACCGGGGUUACCAGGACCAAUUGGACCAGAAGGCCCAAAAGGCGCAUAUGGAUUACCUGGAAUUCCCGGGCCACAAGGAGUGAAGGGUACCGAGGGUCGAAGCAUGGGAAUACCUGGGCCCAGUGGCCCGAAGGGGAACAAGGGUUUGCCUGGUAUACCAGGAGAUAAAGGUGUAAAGUUAUUUGUAAGAGGACCAAAAGAGCCUAAGGGUGACCAGGGAGAUCCUGGAGACGUUGGCUGCCUUGGAUUAUCUGGUCGUCAGGGCCUUCCUGGUCCUAAGGGAAUGAAGGGGGACAGAGGGGAGCCCGGGAAUCCGGGUAAAGAUGGUAAGGAUGGGCUGCGGGGCGAAGUCGGUCAACCGGGUGAGCGUGGAGAUGUGGGGUAUCAAGGAAUUACUGGAAUAAAUGGAGAAUGGGGUCAGAAAGGUGACCGCGGCCCCCCUGGUCUCCCAGGAGAGGUCAUUAUAACAAAUGGGAACGUUAAAGGUCCUAAAGGUUUUCCAGGCCCACCAGGACCUCCUGGUCUCCAAGGUAGUGAAGGUUUCAUCGGCUUUCCAGGAAGUCCAGGUCCACCAGGGCCGUCUAUACCGGGACCUCAAGGAAGACCAGGACCUCCAGGGUUUAGGGGUAUAAAAGGGGACAUGGGGGAACCUGCAGCUUACAUCAGUGGACCUAAAGGAUUAGAUGGACCACCAGGAGAACGGGGACCCCCGGGUGACCCCGGACCUCCAGGAACUCCAAAUGUCAAAGGCCGGUUGGGACCAAGAGGCUUAAAGGGUGAGAAAGGCCUAAUAGGUCCCGAGGGUUUCCGUGGAGAUGCUGGAAAACCAGGAGAGCAAGGAGAUUUGUGCAGGUUGUGUUCUUUCUUUAAUGCUGACCCUGGACCUCCAGGACUACGUGGAAAUCCUGGCCAGCCUGGAGAGCCAGGUGGUGAGGGUGGUCAAGGUUCCAAAGGAUCCCAAGGCCUUCAAGGUCCACAAGGUGCUCCUGGUAAUCAGGGUUCGUCAGGUUGCCCUGGCGUUCCAGGGCCCCAAGGGUCAAAAGGAGAUCCAGGUUCAGUAACUGCGAUUGGGGAAAAGGGCCAAGAAGGAAACUCCGGUGCAGCUGGACCAGCAGGGAUACAUGGGAGGGAUGGCAGACCUGGCAACCCUGGCCUCAAAGGACCACCAGGAGCUAAAGGAAACCCAGGUCCUCCAGGCCUUAAAGGAAACCGUGGAGACCCAGGGCUUAAUGGAGAGCCUGGUCGCACAGGUCCAAUGGGCAUCCAGGGGGCAAUGGGUGUUGGCCAACCAGGGCCACCCGGAGCAAAAGGGAGUUUGGGAUCAGUCGGCCGACCUGGAAAUCCAGGAGAACCAGGUGAGAAAGGAUCUUCUGGAUCAGUAGAAAUGAUCCGUGGAGACCCAGGAGAGCCCGGCCGUCAUGGUCCAACUGGUCAACCAGGACUUCCAGGCAUUAAAGGCUAUAUUGGGGUUCCUGGAUUCCCUGGAAAAACUGGGGUUAAAGGGGAUAAAGGACUGUCAAUACCAGGAUCUCCUGGAGGUCCUGGUCCUAAAGGUGAUAAAGGUUUGAAAGGGAUGUCAGGUCCACCUGCUAUUGGAAGUGUAGGGCGUCCUGGCCCCCCAGGACCACCAGGACUUCCAGGCCUAAAGGGGGAUAAAACAUUCGGCACUCCAGGGUCCGUGGGUCGGCAGGGGAUGCCAGGAGAUGAAGGAAACCUUGGGGAAACGGGAGCCUUUGGUGCACCUGGAUCACGUGGAUGUCCAGGUCAAGGAGGAAGGGACGGGCCACCAGGAGACCCUGGUCAGCGGGGUUUGGAUGGUGCGCCUGGAGUCGACGGUGUUCCAGGAUGCUGCUCUCCAGGGGCCAAAGGUGACCAAGGGCCUCCAGGAUCCAACGGAGUAGAUGGACCCCCAGGGCUGAGGGGCCCGAAGGGGCCACAGGGUGAAACUGGAUCACCUGGGCAAGGUUUACCCGGUCCAACGGGUAUCGCUGGCAUACCUGGGAAAAAUGGAGAGACAGGUUCCAACGGCCAACAGGGACCAAAAGGUUUCAGAGGUCGAGAUGGCUUAGCAGGUUUCCCAGGUACACGGGGAAAUUCUGGAAUUCCUGGAAGCAUUGGUUCACCUGGAGCAACUGGAAACCGUGGACAACCUGGGCCCCCUGGAUCUAAAGGUUUCAUGGGUAGCAACGGAGUGCCAGGUAAUAGAGGAAUCGGAGAAUUAGGAGACAGAGGAGCCAUUGGUCCCAAAGGACAACCAUCAAGCAUUGUCGCUCAAGGGGAUCCUGGUGACCCUGGCCUACCAGGUCUUACUGGUUUUCCUGGUUCUAAAGGAGACAAGGGAAUUCCGGGCAAUUAUGGUAAUUUUGGGAAGAAUGGACUUCCGGGAAAUCCUGGCCCACCAGGUCCUCCGGGUGACCCUGGUUUGAGAGGCAGUCCUGGAAAUCCAGGUUUUGAGGGCUGCAUUGGGGAUCCAGGAAUUGUGGGAUUUCCAGGCGUAAAGGGCAACAAAGGAUCACCUGGAGUUCGUGGGGGGUCCGGGACUCCUGGGAACCAGGGCCAAAACGGACCAAAGGGGCUGAAAGGUGAACCCAGCCUGCCUGGACCAGGGCCUCCAGGAUCACCUGGUCCAAAGGGUGAGCCUGGACGUCCGGGGGAUGCAGGUGAUAAAGGUGAAAAGGGUAUAUCUGGGAAUCAAGGUCCACCGGGUCCAGCAGGGCGUCCUGGGGACAGAGGAGAAGCUGGAGUACCAGGAGGUCCAGGACCCCCAGGACCUCCUGGUGAAAAGGGUUUAGAUGGGCUUUCAGGUCCAGCUGGAUAUCCAGGGCCCAGUGGUGCACCAGGUGGUCCUGGUUCGGCUGGGAAUCCUGGACUUCCAGGACCCCGCGGAGAACAAGGCAGGGACGGUAUUCCUGGGCCAGCUGGAACAAAAGGAGACAGAGGCCCCACUAUAAAUGGGAUUCCUGGUCCACCUGGUAUCAAGGGUGAGAAAGGUUCUAAAGGCAAUCCUGGACCCCAAGGACCAUGUGGGCCACCAGGACCCUACGGGCCACCUGGAGACAUCGGUCCUCCUGGUCCACCUGGAGUAUCUGGACCACGUGGAUGUAAAGGUGCACCUGGAAUCUGCGCUGAUGGUCCAAAAGGGGAGCGAGGACCCUUAGGACAAUCUGGCCUUCAAGGCCUACCGGGUCCACGUGGCCCUCCUGGUAACCCAGGUCCAGGCCUGAAGGGAGAUAAAGGCAUUGUUGGACCACUGGGACUUGUAGGAGGGCCUGGGAAUAUCGGUGAACAAGGUGUUCCAGGUGAACCAGGUAGAGAUGGAGAUCCUGGACGCAGGGGUGCCAAAGGAGACUAUGGGCCUAUGGGUUUCAUGGGGCCAGUUGGGCAGAAAGGAAAUUUUGGUCCUAAUGGCGCUUCAGGACUAAAAGGUCAUAAAGGACCUCCUGGACGUGAAGGGCCCAAAGGUUGUGAUGUUGUGGCCGAGGUCAUCACUACCCCAGGAGACCCUGGUUUUCCCGGAGUAGUUGGUGAAAAGGGGAGACAAGGAGAACCUGGACCUCCAGGAGGACCAGGUCCACAAGGAACCCAAGGGCGGAAAGGAGCCAUGGGUCCAGCUGGAGCUCCUGGAGGCUCUGGAGUCCCUGGCCCGAGAGGAGACAUGGGUCCACUAGGAAAGCAAGGUGAUCGUGGUUUGUCAGGUGAAGUGGGUCGUAAGGGUGCGCUUGGACCACCUGGACCACUACUGGAUGCCCAAACGGAUUCAAUCCUUUUUACCAAGCAUAGUCAAAAGAUAACUGUGCCAACCUGCCCCAGUGGAUCGAGACUUCUGUAUGAAGGAUAUUCGCUACUCUUCAUCAACGGCAAUAACCGUGGACACGGGCAAGACCUAGGAACUCUGGGAAGCUGUAUGCAAAGAUUUUCCACCAUGCCUUUCGUGGUGUGUAAUCCCGACGACACCUGCCGCUACGCCUCUCGAAACGAUUACUCCUAUUGGCUGUCUACAGACAAACCGGCAUCAAGCGAGACAGAUCUGAUCUCUGGUGAGGUACUGGAACAGUACAUCAGCAGAUGUGCAGUGUGCGAGGCGCCAGGUAAUGUAAUAGCAGUUCACAGCCAGACAAAUCAAAUCCCACAGUGCCCUGGAGGAUGGCAGUCUUUGUGGCAAGGUUACUCCUUUGUAAUGCAAACAGCUGCAGGUGCGGAAGGAUCCGGACAGCCGCUGGUUUCUCCCGGUUCGUGUUUGGAAGAAUUCCGGAGGAUUCCGUUUAUAGAGUGUCAUGGGCGUGGCACCUGUAACUUCUUCCCUGAUUCCUACAGCUACUGGCUGGCAUCGCUCGACCCCGACAGAAUGUUCAGUAUACCGGUCCCUCAGAGAACAAUACAACCUACUCUCAUCAGCCGCUGUCGGGUCUGUAUGAAGCUGUAACACUGAGGUCAGAGUUCACAUGGCCUUUUGAAGCACACUGUUUCUCUCCUCGAUCGAUCAUAUGAACUAUGACCAUUUUCAGUGGCUUGUCAUCAUAAAGACUUUUUUAUAAAUGUUAUAUUUUAUCAUGAUUAGGGAUUAAAAAAUAUAAAUGAACAGAUUUGCUUUAAUGAAAGAUUGAAUGGCUUCUCUGAUAAGCACUUAAAGAUAUCUGUACUUUGUAUCUUUACUUAUAACUAAAAAGUAGGUUAAUGGUUUGGGGUGAUUCAUUUCCAUUUAUCUAAUUUGCCGUUAAGACUAAUUAUUUAACUUUUGAAAUAGCAUUUAUAUUUUGCAGCGUAAAUUUCUCAUUCACAGUUAUGAAUGACCUCAGUAUAAUUUGUUUAUAGUCAUUAGAAAAUCCCCCUCAGACCAGUAGAUGUAGAUGUUUUAACACAAAUGAUUUUGUUAUCGUGCGUUCAGCGUUCCAACUUUAUAAAUAGGAGUUUGGCACUUUGAGCUUGGGUUGCUCAUAUUGAGUAAACGCAGUAUAUUAUCUACUGUAAUUUAAUGUUUUAAAAUUAAAGUCAAUUUUUAGAGACAUACACUGCUGCUAAAUAGUUUAAAUAUGUGACCCAGAACCACAAAACCAGUCAUGAGGGUCAAUUUUUAUACAUCAUCUGAAAUCUGGCUUAUUUACAACUAUUUGAAAAUCUGGAAUCUAAGGGUGCAAAAAAUCAAAAUAAUUAGAAAAUUGGCCUUAAAGUUGUGUGUACACAUAUUACUAAUGAUAAAUAAAUGUAUAUAUUUAUGCUAGGAAAUGACUUUACUUAAUAUUCUAAUGAUUUUUGGCAUAAAUAAAAUGAAUAAUUUUGACCCAUACAAUGUAUUUUUAGCUAUUGCUACAAAUGUGCUACUUAUGACUGAUGUAGGGUCACAUAUUUUUUUAGCAACGUUCUUUAUUAAUUGUAAAAAACUAACGCUUGUUCGGUGCUUAUGUCUUUCUGAUUAACAAUCUGUGAACGAUAUUAUUACAAAGUGUUACUAAUUUUAAACAAAUAAUGAUAAAUGAGUUGUCAGAUUCCCGGGUCACUUCUUAUUUUAAUGGAUAUCUUGUAAUGAAUGAAUCAAUCCUCUAAGUGAAAUUCAAUAGAUCCCUGCUGAUGUCUCAUAUACGCAUUGUUAGAAAUGAUCAAUAUAAUACAUGGUUUCAUUUAGUAACAAUGUGUUUCCUUCCUAUGAAGUCUGUGCUGUAGGUCUACAUGUAGCGAUAUGACUAGAUUACAAGAUUACGCCUGUUCAUGUUUAACUCGAAUUAAUAAGAGUUAAUGGUGCUAUUUGUCGCAUGAAUUAAACAUGGAGAGACUUACAUUUUUAAGCCAUGACUAUAGUGUGUUGUAGCGUAUGUAUGUUUAUAGUAUAUUUAUGUAUUCAAGAGACACUUUGUCCUAUUUUUAACAUGGUUAAUGAUGAUACUCAAUCUAACCAGGUAAUGUUAAGGUUUUAAUUUCUUUUAGUUUGUUGUAAUAUAAUUAAUAUAAGACAGCAAUGAAUACAAGGUACCACUGACAAUAUUUAUUUGACUGAAAACUGUCUUUAAUGCAUAAUCUGCUGUAGUAAAGAUCUGUCACACUAAUGAUUUUAGCUGUUUGUACAUUUCAUGUUUUUAUGACGUAAUAAUCAUUAGCAAUUGCAAGGGAAAUCACAUAAAUUGUCUUUGGUGGUCCCUAAGUGCCAUUAAAAUAUAGAAGUUAAUGUUUAUCACUGCAGUGUUUAUAGUGGGACCCCCUCUGCCAUUUGUAAUGCAAAUAUUGUGCAUUAUUAUUUUUUUUUGUAAUUACAAAAUCACAUUUAUUUGUAGUGUAAUGUACUGUAUAUGUGGAAUUUUGUCCCGUAGAAAACAUUUCAUUCAGUCUCAAUACAGAUUUGAAUUAUCCAAUUGA